AAAGUAUCCCUCCUGUUUGGUUAGCUUUUCAAACGCUACAGAAUCAGAUGGAAAUCAUUUAUGAGUCUUUAUGUUUAAACUUUCAACCAUCAAAUAUGCUGCUUAUUUCUAUCAUUUAAAAUACUUAAAAUACUGACCAUCACAGGUGUCCGAACAGAGCUUUUGAUUGAUCUUAACUGGUUGUAGUUACGGUUAGCGUUGUGUUUUUCGUAUGUGCGUUUACAGCAUACUUGUAAACAAACCCAUCUAGCCAUCAAACUGUCCUUUAUAGUCAUGUUUGGAUAUAGCAUUGAAGGAGUAAAUUGUGGAUGUCUUAACAAAGCCUCAUUCAGCCCACUGGAGAGUUCUCCUCUUUGAAAAGCGUUAUUUGAGAUGUUGGAAGCUGAAUCUAUUGAAGAUGUAUUUCUCUGAUGGAUAGUUUAUGUAUCAAGGCAUUAGCAAUGAAUGCUGAGCAACAACAACAGCUAAAAGUCAAAAGGGUGUCGACGAGAAAGAGGCCAAGAGACAGUCUUAGAAGCCAAAUGACACCUGCCAGGAAAAAGGGAACUGGUAGAGACAAGGGGAUACUAAACGGCUCAAUGGACGAUCAAAUUCCUACUGAGUUUUGCAGUGACAAUGAAGACUUAUUUGGGGAUUAUGACAGUAUUUUGGGGGACAGCUCUCUCAUGGCUAAACUUGACAGCGUGGAACAAACAGCAAGAACAAAAGACCCUCCCCAGGCUGUAGACAGCAAACCAGUGGACAACAAACCAGUGGACCAGCCAAAGAGAGGAUUCACAGAGCUGCGUUCUUUGAAAAACACAGAUUUACAGCGGCCCAGCGAUGACCACCUCACCGACUCCAUCCUAGACGUCUUCAAAGACGAGUCCUUUGGGGACCUACCAUCAGCCCAACAGCUUGACAUUGAAGAAAAAGAUCUGAGGACUAGCGAUAUUUUACAAAAAGACAAAACAUCUACACCUUUGAGGACCAAGGAGAGGACCAGUGAAUGCAGAACUAAGAUGGGGGGUACAAAUACAACAGAAGGACAGACUUCUGCCGGGUUUUCUAAAGCCAGGCGCAGUAUGACAGAUCACCUGAAGAGGGCGAUGUUGAGUAACGCCGGGGCUCCAUCCAAUGUCUCACGUACAAAGGUGCUGAAGGAGGCUGUGGUCUCUGAGGAAAUCAAUGUUGCCAUGCAGGCCAUGGAAAAGGUAUCCACGGUGACCACGGACCUCGGACCCUUCUUUGGUCUUCCCACCAAAGUGAAGGAACUGAUACACAAACUGCGAGGAAUAAACGACUUAUAUGACUGGCAGAAGACGUGUUUGAACCUUGACUGUGUUCGUGAGAGAAGGAACCUGAUCUACUCACUGCCUACCAGCGGAGGGAAGACUCUUGUUGCUGAGGUCCUCAUCCUGAAGGAGCUGCUGUGCAGGAAGAAGGACUGCCUGUUCAUCUUACCCUAUAUAUCACUGGUGCAAGAGAAGGUGCGUGGGUUAGCAGGCUUUGGCCUGGAGCUGGACUUCAUGGUGGAGGAGUACGCUGGCAGCAAGGGACGGUUCCCCCCAGUGAAGCGGCGGAACAAGAAUUCUCUCUACAUCGCUACCAUAGAGAAGGGCCACAGCCUGGUCAACUCUCUGAUAGAGAACGACAGGCUGGACAACCUGGGCAUGGUGGUCGUGGAUGAGCUUCACAUGUUGGGAGAUGGCAGCAGAGGUGCCAUCAUUGAGAUGACCCUGGCUAAAGUCUUAUAUAUGAGUAAAACAACCCAGAUUAUUGGGAUGAGCGCCACCCUGGGGAAUAUUAAAGACAUUCAGAAGUUUUUGAGAGCGGAGAAUUACACCAAUGACUUCAGGCCUGUCCAGCUGAGUGAGUACGUUAAGCUGAGCAACACCAUCUACGAGGUGGCCCCCAAAGAAGAGGACUGUUUUAAGUUCUCCCGUCUUCUUAACUUUAAGUAUUCCAGCAGCAUGCAGCAGAGGGACCCAGACCACAUCAUCGCCUUGGUAACGGAGGUCAUUCCCGCCUACUCUUGCCUCGUCUUCUGUCCUACCCAGAAGAACUGUGAAAAUGUAGCAGGGAUGAUCUGCAAAUAUCUGAAAGAGGAGUUCCUGGUGCUGAAGGAGAAGGAGAAGGGCGUGCUGCUGCGGGAGCUGAAGGCCAGCGGGAGCGGCAUGGUGUGCCCCGUGCUCCGGAAGGUCAUCCCCUAUGGCCUGGCCUACCACCACGGCGGGCUGACGGGGGCCGAGCGCCGGCUGGUGGAGGACGCCUACUCCAGCGGGGUGCUCUGCCUGCUGGCCUGCACCUCCACCCUGGCCGCCGGCAUCAACCUGCCCGCCCGCAGAGUGAUCCUGCGCUCUCCCUACGUGGCGGCAGACUUCCUCAAGAGGAGCCAGUACAAGCAGAUGGUGGGCCGCGCUGGGCGGGCCGGCAUCGACACCGUGGGGGAGAGCAUCCUCAUUCUACAGGACAAGGACACUGUCCUGGCUAAAAAGCUUGUCUCUGCCCCGAUGGAAACCUGCUACAGCAACCUCACACACAACGAAGGCAAGGGUGUCCUAAGUCUCAUCCUGUCAAUCAUUGGACUAAAGAUGACCACCACCCCGGAGCAGGUGAAGGACUUCAUGUCGAGCACCCUGCUGUGCGUCCAGCAGGAGCGGCUGUGUGCCGAGCGAGGCCUGACGGACCGGGUUCAGGACAGCCUGGUUCUCCUCCAGGAGAUGAACCUCAUCAGCGUGACCCAGGGCCCCCAGGGGGACGCCUUGGAGAUCACCACGCUGGGCCGGGCCACGUACAAGAGCUCGGUGGACCUGACCAAGUGUGACGUGCUCUACAAGGACCUGUCCAAAGGCCUGGAGAGCCUGAUGCUCAACAGUCACCUGCACCUCCUCUACCUGGUCACGCCCUAUGACAUGAUCGCCCAGUGCAAGCCCGACUGGAUGGCCUUCUUCAGACAGUUCAGCCUGUUGUCUGCUUCAGAGCAGAAGAUGUCCGCAACGGUCGGGGUGCCUGAGAGUUUUGUGGCCAGGAAGGCCGCCGGGCAGACGGUGAAAAAGAGCGUGAACAUGGCGUCGGUGCACCGGCUGUACCUGGCCCUGGUGCUCUACACCCUGCUGAAGGAGACCAACCUGUGGAGCGUGGCCGAGCGCUUCUCGCUGAGCCGCGGCUUCAUCCAGAGCCUGCUCAGCUCCUCCGCGGCCUUCUGCGCCUGCGUGCAGCACUUCACCGAGGAGUUUGAGGAGUUCUGGCCGUUCAAGUCCCUGCUGGCCGAGCUGUCCAAGCGUCUGAGCUACUGCGUCACAGCCGAGCUGGUCCCGCUGAUGGAGGUGGCUGGGGUCCUGGAGUACAGGGCGAAGCAGCUGUUCAACGCGGGCUACAAGACGCUGUCUCACCUGGCCAACGCCGACCCCAGCACCCUCUCCAACGCCGUGGAGAACCUGAACAAGAAGCAGGCCACUAUGAUGGUGGCCUCCGCCAAGAUGCUGUUGAACGACAAGGCUUCUGCUCUGCAGGAGGAGGUGGACGAGCUGCUGAUGCUGCCUCUGGAUUUACCCGUGCCGUGACACUGAACAAGUCUACCGAAUUUAUUUAUGUUUUAAAUGUUUAUAAGAAUAAUGACACAAUCAUUGAAAUGUGUUGUCCUAUUUAUGUGAAAUAAUCGGUUUUUUUGCCACUUGAAAGAAAACAUUUGAUUAAAAUAACAAGGUUGAGAA